AUGUUCCAAACCAUCGCAAAUUCGAACGACUCGUCUGAAUAUGUUUCGGAGAGUAAAAUGUGGAGCUCGCCGCAGAUUAUCGAAUCAUUUAUUCCAGAUUUUUUCGACUACCAAACACCUCUUUCUUCUUCCGAAUUCACGAGAACGAAUAUUUCUGACUAUCACCGUUACACCGCCUGCUCGAAAUGGACUUUCAACCAGACUUAUUACCAAAAAACGAUUGUUACCGACUUCGGUCUUGUUUGUGAAGACGCAUGGAAGAUCCAAAUCAUCCAAAUCUUCGUCAUGAUCGGAGUCUUCUUCGGCGCCGUCGUCUUUGGCAAAAUGUCCGACAAUUCGGGCCGAAUGCGAACUGUCACGGUCUCCCUUAUCACUGCCUUUUUCGGCCUCGUCAGCUGCGCAUUUGUCCCAAAAUCCGAAACUGGCUUCUAUCUUCUUCUUCUUGGGCGAAUGUUCAGUGGUGCUGGAUCGAUCGGUGCGAUUUCGUCAGCUUUUGUCAUGACUUCAGAAAUUUUUGAACCAAAGACCCGUGUUAUGGCAUUGCAGGUGGCCCAAGCGCUCUUCGGCGUUGGGCAGGCAAUCAUGGCGCUUUUGGCCUACUGGUUUCCGACCUGGCGAGUGUUGGCUGUGAUUAUGUCGCUUCCGGCUGCGAUCGGCUUUUUCAUCCCGAAGAUUUUUCAAGAAUCGGCACGAUGGCUCAUCUCACAAGGAAGAAUUGCCGAGGCAAAUGCGGCGCUAGAAAUUAUAGCGAAGAUCAACGGAAGAACAUUUGGCGGUCUUGAAAAAUACGGCCUGACUCAAUCCGCCGAAAAAGAAGCUGUUGUUGAAUCGUCGCUUUCUGACUUUUUCGCGACGCCUCGAAUCCGAAUGAGGACCCUCAAUCUCUUCUACCAGUGGUUUAUGCUUUCUGGAGUUUACUACGGUCUUUCGAUGGGGGCAACUACUCUUGGGGGCAAUCCAUUUGUAAACUUGGCAAUUUCGGGAAUGCUUGAAGUCCCGGCGGAACUUCUUGCUGGCUUUUUGUUUGUCACCGUUGGCAGAAGAUGGUCGAUGUUCUUCUUUGACAUUCUCGGUGGAGUCUCUUGCCUUGCAAUGAUGUUUAUUCACCCAGAACAAGAUGAUUUUCACAGACAAAUGUCGAUUGUUCUCCCACUAGCGGGAAAAUUUGCUCUCACAGGCGCUUAUGGUGGGAUCUACGUUUACUCAGCUGAGCUUUUCCCUACUGCUCUCAGAAACACUGGAAUUGGCCUCUGCUCAUCAGUCGCUCGAAUUGGUGGAAUCUGCGCGCCGAUAGUCGCCCUCCUCGCUGUUGUCAACCCUUCCUUGCCCUACAUCAUUUUUGGUGUUUUGGGAUUGACCGGUGCUUUCUUGACGCUUUUAUUGGAGGAAACUCUCGAUAAGGUUCUUCCAGACACAGUUGAACAGGGAGAAAAAUUUGGGGUAGGAGAACCAGGCGCAGUGGCCGACUUGAAACUUACUUGUGCAAGAUUAUUGACGGAAAUCAAAUUUGCGCUCUGUCGAACCCCCGAUUCAGUGACGAAAUAUCGCCAACAAAUCCAGAACGAAUCGUGA